AUGAAGAAUAAAAGAAUAGAUUCAUUUUUUAAAAGUGAUAAAAGGGAAGCUACCCGUGAAGAUGAAAACAGGACAAAUUCAACUCUUCCAGAUAUUCUGAAGCAUGAUACUAAUGUUCCAAUUGUUCAAUCAGAGGAGCCCCCUUUUAAGGUUCAAAAAAUUAUAGGUGAGGAGUUUCAUAUUAAUUCUUUGGAACGUGAUCCAGGAAAACGUAUUCAAAUAUGGGAAUAUCCAAUGAGUCAAAGAGAUGAGAUUCGAAGAGCUUAUUUAAAAUGGGGUCCAUAUCAAAUACAACUUGAAAACUAUCCUUAUUCUAAGGAAAAACAUCCAAGGAGAUUUCAAUCUAGUUGGUUUAAAAUGUUUCCUUCUUGGCUAGAGUAUUCCCCGACUAAUGAUGGAGCUUAUUGUUUGACAUGUUAUCUAUUUAGUUCAAAGCCAUAUGGUUGUUUUGGAUCAGAUGUGUUUACUAAACAAGGUUUUAGAUCAUGGAGAAAGGUUAAUGCGGGAAAAAGAUGUGCAUUUCUCAACCACAUUAGAGAUAGUCCUUGCUCACCGCAUAACAAUGCAAUGAAAGCUUGUGAAGACUUGUUGAAUCAAUCUAUGCACAUUAAUAACAUUAUAAAUAUUCAAAGUUCAGAACAAGUCUGCAAGAAUCGUUUACGGCUCAAAACCUCUAUUGACACAAUUCGUUGGCUAGCAUUUCAAGCUUGUGCAUUUAGAGGCCACGAGGAAACACCAGAGUCAAGUAAUAGAGGUAACUUUCUUGAAAUGAUUAAACUUCUAGCAUCAUAUAAUGAUAAAGUGGCACAAGUUGUGUUAGAAAAUGCUCUUUAUAAUGCUAAGUAUACUUCUCAUCAUAUUCAGAAAGAAAUCUUGCACAUUUUCUCUAGAAAAGUAAGAAGUCACAUUCGAGAAGAAAUUGGAGAUUCUAAAUUUUGCAUAAUUGUUGAUGAAGCACGUGAUGAAUCUAAAAAAGAGCAAAUGGCUAUUGUUUUGAGAUUCGUAGAUAAGGAUGGUAAUAUAAAAGAACGAUUUUUUGAUAUUGUGCAUGUUAAGGAUACAACAGCCGCCACUCUAAAAAAAGAAUUGAGUGUCGUUCUCUCUAGGCAUAAUCUUGAUGUUUCCAAUAUCCGCGGUCAAGGGUAUGAUGGUGCUAGUAAUAUGAGGGGAGAAUGGAAUGGGUUGCAAGCAUUAUUUCUCAAUGAUAAUCCUUAUGCUUAUUAUGUGCAUUGUUUUGCUCAUAGACUACAACUUGCUUUGGUGGCUGCUUCAAGAGAGGUCAUUCCAGUUCAUCAAUUUUUUUCAAAUUUGGCUUUUAUUGUAAAUGUUGUGUGUUCCUCUAGUAAACAUCAUGAUGAGUUACAAGCUAUUGAAUUAGAUGGAAUAACUCAAUUGUUAGAAAUGGGUGAACUUGAAACUGGUAAAGGAAAAAAUCAAAUUAGCACUUUAAAACGAGUUGGUGAUACUCGUUGGAGUUCGCAUUUUUAUUCCAUUUGUAGUAUGAUGAAGCUAUAUAAUGCAUCUUGUCUGGUUCUUCGAAAAAUUAUUGUUGAUGAAUCAACUUAUUCUCAAAGGGGUGAUGCUGAUGCUGCAUUGAAUAUGUUGUCUUCAUUUGAGUUCAUAUUAAUUUUACACAUGAUGAAAGAGAUUAUGGGAAUUACUAACGGUCUUUGCCAAGCUUUGCAGAAACAAUCUCAGGAUAUAUUGAAUGCUAUGCAAUUGGUUUGUUCUACUAAAAUUUUGAUUCAAAAGUUGAGGGAUGAUGGUUGGAAAAAUCUAUUGAAAGGUGUGGUAUUCUUUUGUGAACAACAUGACAUUGAUAUUCUUGAUUUUAAUUCUACUUAUGUUGCACGUCAUGGCCGUUCUCGACAUCAAAAAGAUCAUGUCACUAUGGAACAUCAUUUUAGGGUGAAUAUAUUUCUUGUUACAGUGGACAAGCAAUUGCAAGAAUUAAAUGACAGGUUUAAUGAGCAAACAAUGGAACUUUUAACUCUAAGCAAUGCUUUAGUUCAUAAGGAUGCUUAUAAAGCUUUUAACAUUGAGGAUAUAUGCACUCUUGUGAACAAAUAUUAUCCUUUAGAUUUUAGUGAGCAAGAGAAGAUUAGUUUAAAAUUUCAACUUCAACAUUUUCUUAUUGAUGCUCCUAACCAUCCAGAUUUGAAGAAUUUAUCAACCAUGCUUGAAUUAUGUCAAUCUUUGGCAAGAACAGGAAAGUCAAGGACAUUCUACUUGAUUGAUCGUUUAAUUCGUCUUAUUUUAACUCUUCCUGUCUCUACAGCUACAACAGAAAGAUCAUUUUCUGCAAUGAAGAUUAUCAAAACAAGAUUGCGGAAUAAAAUGGAAGAUGAAUUUCUUGCCGACAAUAUGAUUAUUUACAUUGAAAAAGAAAUAGCUGAAAAUUUUAGUUCUGAUUCAAUUAUUGAUGAGUUCAGGGAUCUAAAGGAACGAAGGGCAAUCUUUUAG